GUAACUGUCACGGUGGUUGAUAAAAUAAUUCUACACGUAUGAUAUUUAUCACCACGAAAUGGCACUAGUAAACAGGUUUCAAAGGAUGUCGAGAUCGUUUCUCGGCGUCGCCUCAAAUUAUUCAAGAUACAAAAACAGCACAGUGGCUUUUCAGACAAUAAGACGAAUCUCGACCACGCAACCACUUUCAGAGAAACAGGAGGUGAACAUAACAUUUGUUAAAGCAAGUGGAGAAAUAAUAAAAACAAAAGGAAAAGUUGGGGAUACAAUUUUAGAUAUUGUAGUGAAUAAUGAAAUAGAUUUAGAUGGCUAUGGAGCUUGUGAAGGAACUUUGACUUGCAGUACGUGUCAUUUAAUAUUUACAAAAGAAGUGUAUGACUCACUUCCUGACAAACCAACAGAUGAAGAAUUAGAUAUGCUGGAUCUAGCAUAUGAAUUAUCAGACACGUCACGCUUAGGUUGCCAGAUAGUAAUGACUAAAGAAUUGGAUGGAAUUGAAGUAAGAGUGCCAUCAACGCUUAACGAUGCAAGGUCGUAA